GUGUCGGUGCGAAGCAAGCGAGCGUCUUCGGCGAUCAAGCGAACUUCGUUUCUGUGAAUGGACUUUUGCGAAGCGGCGUCGAGAAGGCCGCGACUUUGUGCUAACUGUCGUUUUUCCGGUGAUGUCGCGAUGACCAGUCAGGAAAAUUGAGUUGUCGGGAAAUGUCGGUGGAAAAGUGAGUGAGUUUCCCGAGGUGCCGGCACGAUGAGGCGUGAUUUGUUGGUGGGACUGCUGCUGGUGGCUUGCUGGGGGCGCGGAGGGAGAGCCAGGGUCGCCAGGGUCGGCACGGUCGCCCCAGUGACCACGACAGCGCCAGCGGUGACCUGCUCCAGCGACCAAUUCCAGUGCAACAACGGCCAAUGCAUCCCGUCCAACGGGCUCUGUGACGGCCGCCCCGACUGCAAGGACUCCAGCGACGAACCCCUCGAGUGCCCCCAAAACCACAAAUGCCGGCAGGGACAAUUCCAGUGCGCCCUCACGAAAAAGUGCAUACCGUCCGGCUGGGUAUGCGACGAGGAGCAGGACUGCGGCACCUCCCCCGACCUGGGGCCGGACAUGUCCGACGAGCACCCCACCAUGUGCCCCAAGGAGGUCAGGUGUAUGUGGAACGAGGCGGUCUGCGCCGACGGCUUCCACUGCGUCCAUCUGACGAAGUUCUGCGACGACCACGGCGACUGUCCCGACAACAGCGACGAGUGGGACUUCUGCAGGAACGCCACCGACCGGUCCGAGUCCUGCGACUGGCUGCAGUGCAGCUACGGCUGCAGGCCCACGAACGAGGGACCCAGGUGCUUCUGUCCCGACGGGCAGCGCCCCGACAAGAACAAGUGCGUCGACGCCGACGAGUGCGAGCUCGACGACUCCUGCGCCCAGGUGUGCACCAACACGGUGGGCUCCUUCAAGUGCUCGUGCGUGCAGGGGUACGAGAAGAACGGCACGGGGUGCGUGGCGAUCAACGUUCCCAGAGACAUGGAACCCUCGCUCAUUUUCUCAACCCAGGCCGAGAUCCGCCGCCUCAAACUCACCGGCGACCCCUGGCCAGGCAAUUCGUUCCUGGACCUCCUCAACAGUACCGCUCUGGAAUUCAUCUUCAACAACCACUCCGUGUGCUACGUCCACCACAACCACUCCAAAGCGUCUCUCGUCUGCGCCAACAUAGACGACUUCACUCAACGCACCGAACUCAAAUCCCGCUCCACCCUUUUAGAGUUCGAAUCCGUCCAGCAGAUGGCGAUGGACUGGGUCUCCAGAAACUGGUACUUCUUGGACGACCAACGAGAAAUCAUUUUGGUGUGCACCGAGCACCUGGAGUGGUGUAACAUCCUCCUGGAGCACGACCUGGGCAAACCUCGAGCGGUGGCUCUGGACCCCACCCGAGGCUACAUGUUCUUCACGAAGUGGGGGCACUCGUCUCCCAUGCUGGAGCGGUGUAGAAUGGACGGGAGCGACAGGAAGCCCAUAGUCGACGUCAAGAUCGUGUACCCGUACGGGGUGACGGUGGACUACCCCACCCAGCAGAUUUAUUGGGUGGACACCUAUCUGGAUUUCGUGGAACGCGUGGACUACGAAGGCAAGCACAGGAAGACGAUUUUAAGAGGGCUUUCGAUGCAAAAUCUCUACGGGAUCAGCGUUUUCGAAAACAAGUUGUAUUUGUCGUCGUGGUACAGCAACGACAUUCUCCGGCUGGAUAAGUUUACUAAGAAGGCGGAUGUGCUGUAUAAGGAGACAAGUAGGCCGUUUAAUAUCCACGUGUACCACAGGCAGCGGCACCCCAUAGUUCCGCACCCCUGCCACUAUAAAUCCGACUGUGAGCACAUGUGUAUCUCCAACUGGAAGCGCGACGUUGCUAUCGAGAAAUGCCUCUGUGCUGCUGGGUAUCGCAUGAAUAGUAAAAACCGCUGCGUCAUUAAAACCGGUAAUCGGUUUCUUUUGAUUGCGAAGAGUAAACCGGCUUCGAUUAAGGGUAUCGAGCUUGAUAGCAACAACGAAACUAUGAUUCCUGUGACGGGGAUCCGCCAACCCACGGCUAUAGACUACGACGUGCAGAGCGGUAGCAUCAUUUACUCGGAUAGUCACCGGAUGGUGAUCGAGAGCACGAAAAUUAGUGACUCGUCGCAUAAAGUCGUGCUGCAGAAGAACGUGCGAAUGUGCGACGGGCUCGCCGUGGACUGGAUGUCGCGCAAUUUGUAUUGGACGGAUCACGAAGUCGGGAGUAUUAGUGUGCUCAAGUUGGCUAAUUCGUCGCAGAGUCGGACUUUGAUUCAAGACCCGUUUUUCAACCCGGUGUCGAUCACGCUGGAUCCGAGUCGAGGGGUGAUGUAUUGGGGAGACUGGUCGAAUAUUUUUCCGAAUAAAGGGAAGAUUUACGUCGCUAAUAUGGACGGGAAGAAUUUGAAGGAUUUCGUCGAGGUGGAUAUAGAUUGGCCGAGCGGGCUUACGCUGGAUUUGGUCGAGAAGAGGCUGUAUUGGUGCGAUCGUCACUUGAGUAGGAUCGAGAGUAUCGAUUUCAACGGGAGGAACAGGAGAGUGGAGCUGAGUAAAGGGAUCAAGCAUCCAUUCGGGUUGGCAUUAGGACCGGGGAAACGUUUCUACUUCACGGAAUUCGCCAACGGGACCGUGAUGAUGUACAGCAGUAAAACCGGGUUGAAGGAGCUGGAUCACAGCAACCCCCCGAUCCUAGACAUCAAACUGUACGACGCCUCGUCCCAAAAAGGUGAGAACAACUGCACCAAGAACACCGAGUGUCCCGAGCUGUGUUUACCCACCCCCGUGGGGGCGGUGUGCGAGUGCUCCAACGGCUUCCAUCUCGUCAACAACACGUGCUUACCUCAAUUGAACAACACCCACGUUUUCAAUAUCUGUCUUCCGGGUCAGUUCCAGUGCAAGAACUCGUAUUGCGUCCCGCAGUCGGAGACCUGCAACGGUAUCAAUAACUGCGGCGACCAUUCCGACGAAGCCGGGGGACCUGAUGGUCCCUGCGGGGACACCGUGUGCGGUGCGAAUCAGAUGAAGUGCGAUAAUCACACGUGCAUUUCCAAGUACUGGCGUUGCGACGGCGAGCAAGAUUGCGUCGACGGGACCGACGAGGACGAGAAGAAUUGCUCGCAGGUCUGCUCGGCGGCGCAGUUUAAGUGUGCCGUUUCGAAGCGGUGCAUUCCGUCGGUGUGGAAAUGCGAUUCGGUGGCUGAUUGCGGGCCGUAUGACUCCAGCGAUGAAGAGGACUGCGAAAGAAAGCCAUGCGAGGUUGACGAAUUCACGUGCAAAAACGGCCGCUGCAUCGAGAUCUUUAUGUACUGCGACACCUUCGACGACUGCAACGACAGCUCUGACGAAAUCAACUGCACCACUUGUGACACAGAUCAACAGUUCUUCUGCCCCACGACAAACACCUGCCUCUCAGGCUCCAAACGAUGCGACGGAGUCGUCGACUGCGACGGAAGCUACGACGAAAUAAACUGCGGCAAGGACGGACAAAGGAUCUGCGAAUCAUUCGAGUUUGAAUGUACCAAGAAGUUCGAAUGCAUCCACCGGACCAUGGUGUGCGACUCCGACGCGGACUGCUUCGACCGCACGGACGAGGAGAACUGCACCCCGACCUCCAUGGAGAACUCCACCUUCCAGCCCACCCCUCCCGUCCCCACCUGCCACUACCCGUCCCGCUUCUGCGACAACAGCACCGUGUGCCUCAGCGUGGAGCAGCUCUGCGACGACGAGCCGGACUGCGACGACGGCUCCGACGAGGGCGCCAGGUGCUCGGAGCUGCUCUGCGACCACAGCAUCGUGUGCUCGCACCACUGCCACAACGCCCCCGAGGGCUUGGUUUGCUACUGUCCGCCGCACCUGCAUCUGCAGCCCGACCGCACCCACUGCCUCAGCACGCAUCCGUGCGACGCCUGGGGGGUGUGCUCGCAGAAGUGCGUCGAGGUGGGACAGAGGUACAAGUGCGGCUGCUUCGACGGGUACGCCUUGGAGCCGGACAGCUUCACGUGCAGGAGCACCAACGGGGCGGUGCCCCAUGUCAUUUUCAGCAACCGGCACGAGCUGAAAGCCGUGGAUUUGCACAAUUUCAACGUCAAGUCGUUCAUUUCGAGUCUGAGGAAUACGAUAGCGCUGGAUUUUUAUCACACGGAGAAUGCGGAUAUGGUGUUCUGGACGGACGUGAUCGAUGAUAAGAUUUAUAGGGGGACGGUGGUGGGGGGGUCGCUGAGCAACAUAGAGGUGGUGGUGCAGACGGGGCUGUCGACGGCCGAGGGGUUGGCGGUGGAUUGGAUAGGCGAGAAUCUAUACUGGGUCGAAAGCAACCUGGAUCAAAUCGAGGUGGCCAAACUCGACGGGCGCUUCAGGCGCACUCUGGUGGCCGGCGAGAUGGAGAGCCCUCGAGCCGUGGCUGUGGACCCCCGCGACGGUUUCCUUUUCUGGACGGACUGGGAUAACAACGCGCCUCGAAUCGAGCGCUGCUCCCUGGCGGGAUUGGAGCGUCUGGUGGUGGUAAGAGUGGACCAGAUCACCGACGGCGGCUGGCCCAAUGGGUUAACCCUCGACUACGACCUGCGUCGGAUUUAUUGGAUCGACGCCCGCUCCGACUCUAUUCACACCACCAAGUACGACGGCAGCGACCACCACGAGGUGAUGAGGAACCACGAAACGUUGUCCCAUCCCUUCGCCAUCACCCUCUUCGAGAACUACGUUUACUGGACGGACUGGAGGACCAACAGCGUGGUGCGGGCGAACAAAUUCACCGGUGGCGACGUCUCAGUCAUCCAGAGGACGCUAACCCAGCCCUUCGACAUCCAGAUUUUGCACCCGUCGAGGCAACCCAGAGACGGGUUGAACCCGUGCGGGGACAACAACGGAGGGUGUUCACACUUGUGUUUGCUUCACACGAAUCAGAGUUACAGGUGCGACUGUCCGCACGUUAUGAGGUUGAACCGCGAUAAUAAGAAGUGUGAUGUGAACGAGCAAGUUCUUCUCAUUGCUAGGAUGAGCGAAAUUCGAGGGGUGGAUAUUUUGCAGCCGUACUACCACACGAUUCCGACUAUUAGUGUUCCACAGGUGCUAAAUCCGGUACAGUUGGAGUACCUAGCUCGAAACAACACACUCUACUGGGCGGAUUCGCACAACCAUGAAAUUAAAAGGUCGGGUUUGACCACGGGACCCAUCCAGACUCUCAUCGACAGGGGUCUGAAUCAACCAUCGGGUCUCGUUAUUGACUGGUUGUCGAAUUUGAUGUUCGUGUCGUCACCUCAGGGUAUAAACGUAUCGAACCUCGACGCCGAAUACACGAUGACGUUAAUCGAUGACGUGAAAGUACUAUCAAUGGCUGCUAAUCCUUCUCAAGGACGUUUGUAUUGGAUAGCGUCAACAAACACCACAUACAUCGAAUCGAGCAACAUGAAUGGUACCGAUAGGAAAAUCAUAGUACGUACGAACGUCAGACCCAACGCGAAGAGUCUGUGCGUGGACGUGCCAUCCAACAGACUCUACUGGGUUAGCGAAUUCGAGAUCUGUUUUAGUGACUUGGACGGUAACGAUGUACGAAGAGUGAAACUACCGUCGAAGUUACUAGUGACCGCGGUCACUGUAUACCACGACCACGUUUACUACGCCGACGACGAUGACCAUUCGAUACACAUAGCAGACAAAACGACAGGUCAGAAAGACAUGAUCUUACGCAACAACACCGGUAGUGUUCUCGCUUUGCGAAUCUACGACCCAUUGGAACAAAAAGGGUACCAUCCCUGUUCCAAAUCCAACUGUUCCCACCUCUGCUUACCCUUGUCCGACACCACGUACACCUGUCGUUGCGCUACCGGCUACAACCCCGAUCCUCAAGACUCCACCAAGUGCAUCAGCGUCCAAGAAUUCAUCUUCUAUUCCGUCAACUGGGAAGUGCGCGGUUUGUCUUUGGAUGGUAAUAACCAGACGGCCGUGCUGGGACCCAUUUAUCGAGUUUCCAUGGCCAGUGCGAUCGACUUCAUCGCCGAUGAAGAUCUAUUGUUCUGGGCGGACAGCGACCAUGGGUCCAUCACGAGCAUCAGACGCGACGGCACAGACAGACGCUUCAUUAUCGAACCCACGGAAGCCAUGGAUAGCGUUCCAGUGGACUGGCUGGCGGGGCUCGCUAUUGAUUGGGUCGCUAGAAACAUGUACUGGUGUGACCCCAAACGUGGGGUUAUCGAAGUGGCGAGGUUGGACGGGAGCAAACAGCACGUUUUGCUGGCCCACGAAAUCGGGAAACCGACUUCGAUAGCUGUGGAUCCAGUAAAAGGGAUUCUUGUAUGGGCUGGAGGACCCAGGGUGGAGAUAGCAACCUUGGACGGGAAAAACAGGAAAUUGGUGGUUAAUAACUCCGUGGCGAUUUUCGACGUCGCGGUGGACUCAGACAAAGAGAGGAUUUAUUUUUGUGACUCGGCGAAGAACACGAUCGAGGUGGUGGGGUACGAUGGAAAAGGGAGGGAGGUGCUGUUGAACACGUCGUUGGAGAAUCCGGCUGCUUUGACGGUGUUCGAGGAUAAGAUAUACUGGGUGGACACUACUUUCGAAAAAGGGAGCGUUUUGGAAGCCCCAUUGAAGAAUAUUUCGGAUUUCAAAGUGCUCCUUCGCGACGUCGGCGACUCCCUCAAAGACAUCCAGAUUUUCUCGAAGCGCAAACAAAAGGGGACCAACGCGUGUGCCAAAAACAACGGAGGGUGCCAACAGUUGUGUCUUUUCAACGGGACGCACCCAGUUUGCGUGUGUUCCCACGGGAAAAUCUCUUCGGAUGGUAGAAGUUGUAAACCUUUCCAAAGCUUCGUGAUGUACUCUCGAGUCGUCAGCAUCGACUCGAUCCAAAUCCUCGACGACGAUAACCUCCAAAAUGCCCCCCACCCCAAAAUCAAAAAUAAUACUCUUCUGAAAAACGCCAUCGGGCUUGCCGUCAGUUACAAACACCAGAGACUUUUCUAUUCUGACAUCCAGAAAGGGUCUAUUAAUGCGGUGUUUUAUAAUGGUACGGAUCACAAAAUUAUUGUUGAGGGGCAAGGGUCCGUGGAAGGUCUCGCUUACGAACAACUCCAUAAAAUGUUGUACUGGACUUGUAACAACCACGCCACCAUCAACCGGGUCAAUCUUACCGAUAAAAUGACCAAUUCGAGUCAAGUCGAACACGUGGUGCGUCUUCGCCCUCAGGACAAACCCAGAGGAAUAGCCAUUGAUAGUUGCGGCGGUCGUGUUUUCUGGACUAAUUGGAACUCGCACCAGCCGAGCAUCGAAAGGGUCUACCUGUCAGGCUACGGCCGGGAAUCCAUCGUCAAGACCGACAUCCGCAUGCCCAACGCCCUCACCCUCGACCACAAAUCCCAGAAGAUCUACUGGGGCGACGCCCGCUUGGACAAGAUCGAGCGCUGCGAGUACGACGGUUCCAAUCGCGUCGUCCUCGCCAAAGUGACCCCUCAGCACCCCUUCGCCAUCGCCGUCUACGGCGACUACAUCUACUGGACCGACUGGAUGCUGCGCGCCGUCCUGCGAGCCGACAAACUCACCGGCCAGAACGUGGUCUGGCUGCGGCGCUACGUCGACAGACCGAUGGGCAUCGUGGCCAUAGCCAACGACACCGACGAUUGCUUCUCGCACCCGUGCGCCAACCUCAACGGCGGCUGCGAGGAGAUCUGCACGUUGAACGCGUCGGCGGUCGUGCAGUGCCUGUGUCUGGAAGGCCGCAUCCUGGGGGAGGACGGCAGGAGGUGCUACAACAAUUCGAAGGCCUGCGACACCUACGACAGUUUCCGGUGCUCGGACGGCGGGUGCGUGCCGUUCAGAGUGACGUGCGACGGUAUAGCGCACUGCACGGACAAGUCGGACGAGGAACCUGGGUAUUGUGGGCACAGGACGUGUCUUCAAGGGUGGUUCCAGUGCAACAACAAGAGGUGCGUUCCGGCGGGGGAGAAGUGCAACGGCGUGGACAACUGCGGGGAUUCGAGCGACGAGCAGAACUGCUCGUGCUCGGAGGAGGAUCACUUCCGGUGUGGCAGCGGCGAGUGCAUUUUGAAGAAGUUCCGCUGCGACAACGACCAGGAUUGCAAGGAUGCGAGCGACGAGAUGGGAUGCGAGAGGCGCAACUGUAGUUUGGACUUCCACGAUGUUAAUUUGAUGAAUUGUGCGAACACUACGGCGUGUAUACAUAAGGACUGGUUUUGUGAUAACGAGAAUGAUUGUUGGGAUAUGUCGGACGAGAUGAACUGCACGGGACACAAGAAGAGGUGCGACAUUCGGGAGUUCCAGUGCUCGAAUGGGACUUGCAUUAGUCUUGAGAAACGGUGCGACGGGAAGGAUGAUUGUCAUGACGCGAAGACGCUGACAGGAGUCAGUUCGGACGAAGAGAAUUGCAGGGUGGUGGAAGGCCGCUGCCCCCACGACCAGUUCAUGUGCUCCAACUUCAUGUGCAUCCCCCUUUCUUGGCACUGCAACGGCUUCGACGACUGCCACGACCAAAGCGACGAAAUCAACUGCAAGCACCGUUGCCGCAGCGACCAGUUCAGGUGCGACAACGGCGAAUGCAUCCCCAUGAGCUGGCAAUGCGACGGUCACCCCGACUGCACGGACCACUCCGACGAGAGCAAGCAUUGCCGAAUGCGCGAGUGCGACCCCGGCGACUUCCACUGCAACAGCACUGGAAGGUGCAUUCCCAAGAUCUGGCUGUGCGAUGGGGAGUCGGAUUGUAUAGACGGCGCCGACGAGCACAAAGACCAGGGGUGUGGGGUUUGCACUGCUGAGCACUUCCAGUGCACAAAUGGGGUUUGUAUCAACAAAAUGUAUUAUUGCGACGGGGACAAGGACUGCAAUGACGGCAGCGACGAGCCCCCGGAGUGCCACAAGAAGUGUACUAACGAGGAGUUCACUUGCGGGAACGGGAAGUGUCUUAUGGAGUUGUUGAAGUGCGACGGGAACGACGACUGUGGUGACGGGAGCGACGAAGGGCAGGAAUGUCACAAUGACGAUGAUUAUUGUAAGGGAGAAGGGUGGUUCCAUUGCGGGGAUGGGGUGUGUAUUAACGACACCCUGCUGUGUAACGGCGAGAAUAACUGUGGUGACUACAGUGAUGAAGCUAGUUGUCAUAUCAACGAGUGUACAUCAGAGAUACCACCAUGUGAGCAAAACUGUACUGACAAACCCAUUGGGUACGAAUGUGGGUGUUACACUGGGUAUAAGGUCAGUCAUAAGAACGUGAAUUUGUGUGAAGACGUCGACGAGUGUCUAGACAGACCUUGUAGUCAGUUGUGUUACAAUACGAGAGGCUCGUAUCAUUGUAGUUGCGCCUCUGGGUAUAUUCUUCACGUAGACGGGAAAAGCUGUGGUGCCAAUUCCUCCGUUCCGGUGACUCUGAUUCUAGCCAAUCGCUACUAUAUAAGAGAGUUCGACUUUAGCUUUCAAUCGACGCUGUUGGCUCACAAUUUAACCAAUGCGGUAGCUCUGGAUUAUGAUUGGAGCUCCAAGUGCAUCUAUUGGUCGGACGUGACCCAGAUGGGUAGCUCCAUUAAGAGACUGUGUGACUACAAGAACGUCUCCAGCGAGAUACAGGUUUUGCAUUCACCGACGUUACAAAAUCCCGAUGGGUUGGCAGUAGAUUGGGUCGGAAGAAAUCUAUACUGGUGCGAUAAGGGUUUAGACACCAUCGAAGUCUCCUCCCUCGACGGCCGCUACCGCCGCGUGCUCCUCUCCAAGGACCUCGAGGAGCCCCGCGCCGUCUGCUUGGACCCCGUCCGCGGCUACCUCUACUGGACCGACUGGGGCACCCACGCCCACAUCGGCAAAGCCGGAAUGGACGGCAGUUCGCCCCACGUCAUCGUCAACUCCAACCUCGGCUGGCCCAACGCCCUCACCAUCUCGUACGAAACGUCGGAGCUCUUCUGGGCGGACGCCCGCGAAGACUACAUCGCAGUAUCGGACCUCGACGGCAACAACAUGAAAAUCGUGAUGAGUCGCCAGAAGAAUCCCAACCUGCAGUUGCACCACGUCUUCGCCAUCGACAUCUGGGAGGACUUCAUUUAUUGGACGGACUGGGAGACCAAGUCCAUCGAGAGGUGCCACAAGCACAGGGGUGACCAGUGUUUGAAGUUACACUCGACGGUGCACCGACCUAUGGAUAUUCGGGUCGUGCACCCUCUGAAGCAACCGAACGUGACCAACCCUUGCGAGAAAGCCAAUUGUUCCGCUUUGUGUCUACUAACCCCGACGGAGCCCUUCUACAAGUGUGUGUGUCCCGAGAACUACAUCCUCGGAAGUGAUGGGCGGAGCUGCGUGGCGAAUUGCACGUCGGCGCACUUCGAGUGUAAAUACACUUAUAAGUGUAUACCGUUCUGGUGGAAAUGCGACACUCAGGAUGAUUGCGGCGACGGCAGCGACGAGCCCGCAGAUUGUAGGGCCUUCACGUGCCUGCCGGGCCAGUACCAGUGCUCCAACGGCGUCUGCAUCCACCCUUCGGACCUCUGCAACGGCAACGACGACUGCGAAGACAACUCCGACGAGAAGGACUGCCAGAACUACACUUGUCUCAAUACGCAGUUCCGUUGUAAGGGCAACAGCACGGUCGCCCCCAGGUGUAUUCCGUCGAAGCUGCGCUGCAACAAGCACCCGGACUGUCCCUUCGGCGACGACGAAGCCCAGUGUCCUCCGGCGACGUGUCCGCCGAACCAGUUCAAGUGCGCCAACGACAAGUGCAUACCGGCGGUGUGGGUCUGCGACACCGACAACGACUGCGGGGACAACUCCGACGAGCAGCAGGACUGCCACUCGAGGACGUGUUCGCCGCAGCACUACAGGUGCAGCUCGGGUCGGUGCAUUCCGAUGAGCUGGAGAUGCGACGGGGACCCCGACUGCGCCAAUAACGAGGACGAGCCGGCGUCGUGCAGCCAGCCGGAGUUCCACACUUGCGAGCCGACGUACUUCAAGUGCAAGAAUAAUAAGUGCAUUCCGGGGCGGUGGCGGUGCGACUAUGACAAUGAUUGUGGCGAUGGGUCGGACGAGGUGGGGUGUGUGCCGAGGAACUGCUCCGAGUCGGAGUUUCGGUGCGGCGACGGAAGGUGCAUCCGCGGCUCCCAGAAAUGCGACGGUGAAUUCCAAUGCGAGGACCGCUCCGACGAGGCCAACUGCCACAUCCACUGCAAGCACAACGAAUUCCAGUGCGCUAACCCCCAGGUGUGCAUCUAUUUGGAGUGGAAGUGCGACGGCGAGGCUGAUUGUGCUGACGGCUCCGACGAAGCUAACUGCAGCGGAACUUGCCCCGACAACGGCUACAAGUGUCAGAGCGGGCUGUGCAUCAACGAAGAGUGGCGCUGCGACGGCCAGAACGACUGCGAAGACGGGUCGGACGAGCAGUUUUGCUCUCUGGUGGGGUGCUUACCUGGACGUUUCCGCUGCAAGAACCACAUGUGUAUUCCUACGAAUUUCCUGUGUGAUGGACACCCCCAGUGUGAGGAUGGUAGCGACGAAGAUCCGCACAUCUGCAGACGGCACGGUUUGUGUUCAUCGGAUCAAUUCGCUUGCAAGAAUGGUCACUGCGUCAUGAAUAAGUUGCGGUGCGACGGGAAGAACGACUGCGACGAUAACAGCGACGAACUCAAUUGUAAUAAUUCGACUUGUCAGUGGAAUACGUGUUCGCAGAUUUGUAUCGAGACGAAGCACAACAUGACGGUUUGUAAAUGUCUGCCGGGGUAUACGCAUAUAAAAGGAGGGGUGUGCGUGGCUGACGGUGAUUGGGCGAAUUUGGUUUUGGUAUCGGAGGCCGAGUUGAGGUUGAUGUCGCCGUAUAAACCUGGAGAUAGCAAUAAAAUGAGAAGUAAGACGUUGGCUACGGCUCCGGGUUAUAAAGUGGACGCUGUAGACAUUCUCUAUGAUAAAAAGGAGUCGAUUGCUUUUUGGACCGACCACCAGAACAAAAGAAUACAGAGUGUGUUCCUUCACUUGAACGAUAGUAGAGUGAAGAGGGAUUCCGAGUCUGUUAAAACUAUCAUCAGUGGAUUGAAUGACCCGAGAGGUAUCAGUGUGGACUGGGUGGCUAAAAGGUUGUAUAUUACGGAUGGUGUGAGGAUUCUGGUUGCUACUGUCGAUGGCCAGUAUAUGUACACUUUGUUGAGUGGUGAGAUGCAACAACCGAGAGACAUCGUGGUGUCGCCACAAGAGGGCGUGCUAUUUUGGGUCGAUUGGGGGCCGGCACCAAGGAUCGAGACAGCGCAUAUGGAUGGCAACAAACGAAGAAUUUUGAUUGGUUCAGCUAUCCUCUAUCCAACUGGCUUAGCCAUUGAUUAUACCACCAAGCGACUGUAUUGGUCGGACCUCAAGAGUUUAACUGUAGAAACCGUGAAAUUCGAUGGUACGGAUCGGCACGUGGUUAGACACUUUGAUAAAGAUACGAAACCAUACAAGAUUGAAAUCUUCGAAAAUUAUCUCUUCGUGACGACGUACCAAAAGCACGAUGUGCUUCGAAUGAACAAGUUCGGGACAGGGAAUAUCACCCAUCUGUCGCAAGGAUUGACCCGAAUCGCCGACAUUUUGAUUCUACACGAACAGAAGCAAGACCAAGCCAUUAACAACACAUGUAUCGAUUUUUGUCACCCCACCGAGUUCUGUCUCAUAAGUCCUCUCACAGCAACUUGUACGUGUGCGGACGGCUACGUCAAGGCCAAUCUCACCUGCAAGGCCGUCUCAACUCGCGCCCCCAAUUGCCCCCUCAACUGCAACACCGGUACCUGCAAGAUGACCCCGGGCCAGGCGCCCAAGUGCCACUGUCCCGUCGAGUACACCGGGUCCCGCUGCGAGCACUACCGCUGCUCCCAGCACUGCAAGAACAAGGGCAUGUGCUACGUGAACCUCGCCGUCCCGGUGUCCCCCGACUCGCUGCCACCGCUGCGCUGCAACUGCGCGCCGCAGUGGACCGGCGAGCGCUGCGAGACCCCGGUGAACGUGUGCGAAGGUCGUUGCUACAACGGCGGCACGUGCUUCAUCCCCAAGCCGGGGAUUCCCGUGUGCAACUGCCCGUCGGGUUUCUCCGGCUCGCGCUGCCAGAACUGCGCGCAGCUGGUGUGCGAGAACGGGGGCGUGUGCGCCAAGGGCGAGCACAAGGACACGUGCAAGUGUCCCGUGGGCUACAUGGGGCGCCACUGCGAGAACUCGGUGUGCGGCAAGAACGGGACGCCCGUACCGACGGCCAUGGGGGUGAAGUGCAGCUGUCUGCCGGGCUACGGUGGCGACAAGUGCGAGCAGGACAAGUGCUACCAGCACUGCUUCAACGGCGGGACGUGUCGGAUGGGGGCGAAGCAGCCGGAGUGUGUUUGUACGAAGUUCUACGGAGGGCGGCGCUGUCAAGUGGAUCUCUGCGAUGGGACGCACGACGCGCCGGAGGGGUGCGCGGAGAGGUGCAACUGUCAUAACAACGGGACGUGUGUGGUCAUGGGGGGGAAGUCGGUUUGUAGGUGCUUCAAGCCGUGGGGGGGAGCGCAGUGUGAGAUUUACGUUGGUAACUUGGACAAGUGCGCCGGUUUUUGUGGAAAUGGCGGAGUAUGUCAGAUUCUGUCCCCCCACAUCGACCCCAUCUGUCAGUGCCCGCCUACGUGGACGGGCCCCCGAUGCGAAUCUCUGGCUGUUUGUUCCAAUUACUGUAAAAAUGGCGCCACUUGUGACGUCAGCGACGGUUUGCCGUUCUGUAGGUGCCCUGACGGGUUCGAGGGCGUCAAAUGCGACCAGCUCAUCGUCAAAUCUUUGGAUAAAGCCAUCCCUCAAAAAGACGGAGGCAGGGGCAUGUUGGUCCCCGUUAUAUCAGCCGUCGUCGUGAUUAUUGUAAUUUUGGUCGGCUUUCUGGCGUUUGAUUUCUUCCUCAAAAAGCGCCAGUCGUUCUCGCACGAAAGACUCCAAGAGAACGAUUUUAACAAUCCCAUGUACCAGGACAGGGACGCGGAACCGUUUACGUUGGACGCCGAUAAGUCUGGCAAUUUCGCCAAUCCCGUAUACGACUCGGUCUACAACAGCACCGGGAGUGGUCGAGGCGAAGAAAAAGCCGUCCUCUUGCAGCACCCCGCCGACGAGGCGCCCACUCCCGCCCCCGAAGAGAUCUAGUGACAUAUCAGAUUAAAAUUUUGUUUUAUUAAUUGCUGUGAAUUGUGCCAUUUAUUUUAAAAUAUUUAGGCAGCUGUAUAUUAUAGCUGUACAUACAUCAGAUGUAUUUCUUUGAUAUUAUUGUUGUUAACACUAAUCUUGCCCGAUGUUUAUAUCGUGUCUGUUUCGUGAACAGAAUAACGUCCUUGUACAUAAAACAAUAAUUAUUGUGACUGAUAAAUGAAUAUAUUUUUUUGUAUGGAAAAUAUUUUGCCAGCUUUAUAAAUUUUAAAUGGUUGUAAUGGUUGUGCAAGAUAUAUAUACUGCGGCGGCUCGUGUCGCGCAAAAUGUUGUGCUCAAUACUCGGAUACAGUUAACGUUGUAUAUUUUGAUUCUCAGAUGUAGUGUACUAAGUGUAGUUCUUUUUAUGUGAAGUUUUGUAAAAUGAGAUGUAAAAAAUCAAAAAUAAAAAUUGGUCUAAAGAGUUUAAA